AUGUCGCUCGACGAGCUCGCCGACAAGGAGCCGUCGUCCUCCGAGGAAGUUCAGCUCGCGCCGUCCGAUUCCAAGUUCCGGGGCCUGAGCCCUGCGCCGAUUCCGAUCCCAGCUCCUCCGAGCAUCAGAUCAUUGCUCGACUCGGUUUCUGAUGAGAGAGUAAAUGUAGAUAUCGUGGCCUCACAUCAAAGUGAAAAUGGAUCCAUCUCUACAGCUAGUUCUGCUGUUUCACUAGAAUCAGAGAAGGCAGCAUAUGAAUUUCUUGCUCAAACUCCUGUCAGGUCAACUGAUGCACACCUUGUUGAGUUUUCAGAAGCUAUGAGAACUGUUGCAAAAGCCUUACGACGAGUGGCUGAAGGGAAGGCUGCUGCUCAAGCAGAGGCAGCAGAGUGGAAACGUAAGUAUGAACUAGAGACAGCGCACAAGCAGCAGAGUAAAAUCAAAGGCUACAACAGUUGUAUCAGUAAUGACUUGGACAAACUGGCCAGCCAACUGACUCUGGAGACACCUGCACCUGAUCAAUUAGGAUGUUGCGGUAAGCAUGGUAUAUGUGCACACGAGGUUCUGCAGGACGAAGUUCCUGGAGCUAUCCCAAGAUCUAAUCACAAGGUGGUGGGGAGAAAGGCAUCAUUUAAACUUUCAUGGGGAUGUAAUGGGGAUAAAAAUGGUCAGCAUAAGCAUGAUUUUGUGUCCUUUGAAAAAGGUGAUAUAACAACCGCAGAAAGGAGCAAUAAGCAGAUCUUACUGAAAUGGGAAUCACCACCACAAACAGUGCUUUUCAUUACCAAACCGAAUUCCAACUCUGUGCGUGUUCUUUGUGCUGAAAUGGUCAGAUGGCUUAGGGAGCAUAAAAAUACAAACAUCUUUGUUGAACCACGUGUUAAAAAGGAACUUCUAACAGGGGAUUCCUACUACAACUUCGUCCAAACAUGGGAUGAUGAUGAGGAGAUAAAGAUGCUGCAUACGAAGGUUGAUCUAAUUGUAACUCUUGGCGGUGAUGGAACUGUUCUGUGGAAACUCCCAUUUUUGGACAAUGCAUAUAGUUUACGUGGUAACAUAACAUCCGAAAUCGAAGCAAGCGAGCAAUACCGUGAGUUGUUGGACAAUGUGCUGAACGGGCCAUUUAGCAUCACGCUGAGAAACCGAAUACAGUGUCAUGUAAUACGUGACGCGGCAAAGGAUGAAAUCGUGACUGAGGAGCCAUUCUUAGUGUUAAACGAAGUUACAAUUGACCGAGGAAUAUCAUCUUACCUUACCAACCUGGAAGUGUACUGUGACAGUUCUUUUGUUACUUGUGUACAAGGAGAUGGACUAAUCAUAUCAACCACAUCUGGAAGUACAGCAUAUUCAUUAGCAGCUGGAGGGUCCAUGGUUCAUCCUCAGGUCCCAGGGAUCCUUUUCACCCCAAUCUGUCCGCAUUCCUUGUCAUUCAGACCUUUGAUUCUGCCUGAAUACGUGACUCUCCGCGUUCAAGUGCCGUACAACAGCAGGGGGAAUGCCUGGGCAUCGUUCGAUGGCAAAGAUCGACAGCAGCUAUCGCCCGGUGACGCCCUGAUCUGCAGCAUUUCCCCUUGGCCUGUGCCCACAGCCUGCCUUGUGGACUCGACCACCGAUUUCCUCCGCAGCAUCCAUGAGGGCCUCCACUGGAACUUGAGGAAAUCCCAGUCAUUUGAUGGCCCGCGUGAUUGA